GGUCUUUAAUCAGUGAAGAGAAAACACAAAUGACUCGACUUUCAAACUGCACAAGGAGCUGCAGGCUGGGUUGAGUCUCCACGGUUCUCAUGGUGUGUUUAAGUGCAGUCCGCAGUUUGAGCUCUUCAUCAUUCUCACAACUCUCUAGUCCUCGACAACACGAACGCACAACAACGGGACAAAAUGGCAGAAGUAGCUCCAGCUCCAGCCGCCGCCGCGCCCAAAGCAGCCAAGAAGAAGGCGUCCAAGCCGAAGAAGGUCGGUCCCAGCGUCUCUGACCUCAUCGUGAAAACUGUGGCCGCUUCCAAGGAGCGGAGCGGCGUGUCUACUGCAGCCGUCAAGAAGGCUCUGACCGCCGGGGGAUACGAUGUGGACAAGAACAAUGCCCGCGUCAAGACCGCCAUCAAGAGCCUGGUGGCCAAGGGGACUCUGGUCCAGAUCAAGGGGAUCGGGGCCUCUGGCUCCUUCAAGAUGAGCAAGACGACCGCCGACAAACCGGCAAAGAAAGCCGCUCCGAAAGCCAAGAAGCCCGCAGCGAAGAAACCCGCAGCGGCCAAAAAGCCCAAAGCAGCGGCAGUGAAGAAGGUUGUAGCCGCUAAGAAGUCACCGACGAAGGCCACAAAACCCGCAGCGGCAAAGAAGGUAGCCAAGAGCCCCAAGAAGGUAACCAAGAGCCCCAAGAAGGUAACCAAGAGCCCCAAGAAGGUGGCCAAGAGCCCCAAGAAGGUGGUGAAAAAGGCCCCCGCAGCCAAGAAAGCCCCCGUGAAGAAAGCUGCUAAGCCCAAAGCCAAGAAAGCUGCACCCAAGAAGAAGUGAGCUCAUCCUGAAGAAAAAGAAGCAAAGCUUCUAUAAAAAGGCUCUUUUAAGAGCCACCAAUCCUUCCUCAAAGAGCAGUUUCCUUUACUUAGGUUAUUUACAGAAGACUUUGAGUUUAUAUUAUAUUUUACACUCAACCUAGGCUACACUGAUUCGUUGAGGGACAUCCAACAACAUAUACAGGAAUAGGACAGAUAAGCAAAAAUGAUUUAUUUCACCUCCAGUAGAACGUCGACGUGACAAACGGCAUUAAGUGAUCUUUUCAAGAACCCAUUAUAAA